AAACGAAGGACGCAGGUCUGAUACAUGACGUGUGUUGCAUCAUGUUUCAUGUGCCAUUGUGGCUUAAUGUUGUUUGACCCGGGACUCACCGCCUUGCCGAUCCUAAAUCUCCGUUCUCACGAGCAGUGUACCUCAAAUUUUGUCAAUUGGAACAUCCUGCUGGUGUAAGCAUGGCGGAUCUUGAAGAAAACCUGGAGUUCAACUCGGUAAGACAGAGUUGCAUCAUAGAAACUGGUCAGAUCUGGCCAGUGUGCUGUGAUUGAUUCAUCUUCUGCAGCGGCGUUCGGCCGUCUACUCCCUGCACGGCAUGGUGGCAUCGUCUCAGCCGACGGCCUCCAACAUCGGCCUGGACCUCCUCAAGAAGGGAGGCAACGCAGUGGACGCAGCCAUCGCCGUAUCCGCCGCACUCGCGUAAGGCUGGCACACCACACAGGGAGGGCGGCGGUGCUCACUGCAUUCACUGUUUGACUUGCAGAGUGACUGAGCCCUGCUCGACGGGUAUCGGUGGUGAUUGUUUCAUGCUUUACUUCAGCAACAGCGACAAGAAGGUCUACGGGCUCAAUGGCAGCGGACGCAGCAGCUCACAGUACACACAGAUGCUCACAGAGAGGCGGCUGCAUGUCUGUCUAUGUGCACCGGGCGUGUGCUGUAACUAACGUCAGGUUGACGUGUGAGUACGUGCAGCAGACGAUAGGCGCGUUUGAGGGCGACGACAGGUUCCACGCCCUCUCCGUGACGGUGCCGGGGGCCAUUGCCGGCUGGAUGGACGCACUUGGUAACAAGCUGGUAGCUGCCUGCCUUACACACCACUCCACCCAUUGCUGCUGUGCUGUGUGCCUGAUCUGGUGUGCAGAUCGGUGGGGCAGCAUGCCGCCAUCCGACGUGUUGGCCCCUGCCGUCAAACUGGCCAGAGAGGGAUUUGCUGUAGGUAAGCGAACGCAAUGAUCGAUGGAUCCGAUCCACGCAUCCAUCGCUCUCUGCGGCGUGUGUGUCAGCCCCCCUGACGGCCUACCACUGGAAGAGGGGAGAGGCAUUCAUCAAACGAAACGACGAAAGGUAUGACAUACAGACAUGCAACGACACAUACGAUAGAGGCCUGUGGCACCCUAUGGCACCAAUCAAUCAGGAGUCGCGGCGCCCUGCUGAUCGACGGCAGGGCGCCGAGGGCAGGCGAGCUGUUCAGAAACCCCAAACUGGCCGACAGUAAGCUGACACAGCCAUGCAAAAGAGGAAGAAAGGCGGUAUCUAUCGUGUCUGUCUGUCUGUCUGUCUGUCGCGUCGUCAGCGUUGGAGCGUGUGGGUGCGGAGGGCGCCAAGGCCUUCUACACGGGGCUUACAGCCGAAGCCAUUGUCAAAUGCGUCAACAAACACGUAUGCAGCCGGGGCGGGGCAGGGCGGGGCAUGCACUGUAUCCAUUCACCCACCUGUCUGUCUGUCUGUCUUGUUGUUGGCCAGGGUGGCGUCAUGGCCCUGGAUGAUUUGUCGAGCCACACGACCACCUUCCCUGAGCCAAUCAGUGUCAACUACAAAGGUGAGGGUGACCACGGCUUUCAUUCAGUGAUCGCUCUCAUGCUGCAUGAAUCUCUGUGUGCCUGUGUGCUCUAUGUGUGUGUUUGUGCAGGGUAUGAGGUGCAUCAGAUCCCUCCGAACGGCCAGGGGCUGGUGGCCCUCCUAGCCAUGAACAUCGUCAAAGGUAAACGACUGACUGACUGGUGGAGGGAUACGUACCGUAUGUCAGUCCACCCACUCAUCCACUCGCAGGCCUGGACAUUGGCUCAUUUCGCCACAACUCCGCCCCCUACUUGCACCGCUGCAUCGAGGCGCUCAGACUCGCAUUCGCAGACGGAAAGAGGUAACAAUAACAGACCAACCUCACCCAGUGCAUGACAUGAGUGUGUGUGUGUGUGUGGUUGUGUGUGUGAUUGUGCAGGUACAUCGGUGACCCUGAAGUCGGCCCGGCGUCUCCUGUGGAAGGUCUGCUGUCCGACGCUUACACGCAGGACCGCAUCAGGUGCGUCCUGCCUGACCGUGCCAACCCCGCCAUCAAAUACGGCACACCCGUGGCAUCAUCAAGUGAGUCGGCAGCAUCAGCCAGCCAAUCUGCAACACACCUACCAGCAUGUGUCUGUGUGUGUGGGUGUGUGGGUGGACAGACACGGUGUCGUUCCAAGUCGUUGACGACGACGGGAACGCAGUGUCAAUGGUCAACAGCAACUACUGUGGGUUUGGCACAGGUACGCAAACGAAUAGCAAACGAAUAGAAUACACACACAGGUGUGGUGUGUGGAAAGGUCGCUGGGUGGUGGGGUGUGUUGUGUCUGUCUGCAUCUGAUUUUGGCCUGCAGGUCUGAUCCCUGACGGCGAGGGGUUCCCAUUGCAGAACAGGGGCGCCAAUUUCUGUGUGGACCGGACGUCUCCCAACUGUGCCGGGCCGAGAAAGCGGCCGUACCACACCAUAAUUCCAGCCAUGGUGACCAAGGACGGCGAGCUGUGGAGCACCUACACCAACAUGGGCGGCUUUAUGCAGCCACAGGGACACCUCCAGGUGAGGUGGGCACUCACGCAAUCAAUGGUCUGCUCUGCAUGUCUGUCUCAUUCCCCUUCCCUCUGUGUGUGGAUGGAUGGAUGGAUGGAUGUGUGCGAUGGAUGGAUGGAUGUGUGCAGCUGUUGCUGGAUCAGGUGGAAUACGGCAUGGACCCCCAGGCGGCCCUCGACCAGCCGCGCAUCUGCCUCACACCUGAGAGGGACCCACCCACAGUCAGCCUCGAGGACGGCAUCACCCCGCACGUGGCCAACGAACUCAGGCAGAUGGGCCACCGCAUCAACGAUGGUGCGGCUGUCCGCCCCGCACGACCCAGCACAAACGAUGCGUAAAGGCUCGGUGCGUGUGUGUGUCCGGUUUGGCUGUGUGAUGGUGCGUGCAGGUGUGAGGGGCCAGGACAGGGCCUUGUUCGGUCGUGGCCAGAUAAUCAACCGGACGGUGUCUCACCGGCAGCGUGUGUGGGUGGGCGGCAGCGACGGACGGGCCGACGGCUGCUGCAUGGGCUACUGAGUGAGUGACUGACUGAGGGAGGGACGGGGGCAAUCAAUGCAUUCCAUUGGAGCUGUGGUGGGUGCGCAGCGCAGCAGUCAUGGUUGGUGCGCUUUGUGGAUAAGACAAAGAUGGCAGGUCCUACGGUGUGAGUGCGUGGUUGGCGACGCACAUUUCAGUGGAUGACUUCGUUUUGAAUUGAUGAGUGCACAAAUGUGUACGCAUAUUCGAAUACGCAGACCUCAUGCGCACCCCAUGCAUGUCGCAUACCAUGUUGUUCACAAACACGCCCGACCUUGAAUACGUGCAC